GCGCUGCCGGACGAGGGGCGCGACGGCAGAGGCCAGCGCGACGGCGCGACCGGCUGGCAGGUGCCGGCCGACACCGCGUCGCCGAAGCGGGAGGAGGAGGAGGUGGCUCGGACGUUGCUUUCCUGCGCCCUCUCGCGCUCGCAGGCGAGCUGCAAGGUCGUCAGAAGGAGGUGCGGCAAGCGCGCGCUCUGCGCUGCCGCCGUUUUGACCUUGCGUCCACGCCGUCGUCGACCGACUCGCCCUCCUCGCGGCUCUGCCGGCGUGUCCGCGCUAGCUUGCUGCGCACCCGGCGCUACCGAGCCCAUUCAGAGCGAGUUUCACGUGCCGUACGCUGCCGGAGGAGGUGAGAAAGCGAGGUCCGCCCCGCACGCACGCGCCGCCCUCUCCUCUCCCUCCUUCCCCUCACUCUCGCUCGCCUCGCCUCGCUCACGCCACCACCUCGAGUGAUGGAGGACCAGCAGCACGACCAGCCCCACUCGGCCGCGCCUGCGCCCACCGCCCAAGGCCCGCACCACGAGCCCGCCCGCUCCACCUCCUCGUCCCCCUCGCCCGCACCCAUGUCCGCCUCGAGCCAGACCGCCGCGCACGCCGUCGAGGACCCACAGCAACCCUCCACGACCUCGUCCGACACCCAGCACCGCGCCUCGCUCGUCCACGCGCCGUUCUCGCAGCACGACUUCCCCGUCCUCAGCUCGGCACCGCACGCGCAGCCCGGCUUCGGCACCCACAGCGGCGACGACGACCCGCAGUACUCGAUGACGACCCAGGUCCACAUGGUCGGCGGCCGCGCCACGUUCGUCCUGCCCGAGCAGCGCUCGCCCGCCUCGUCGUCCUGCCGCAUGACGACCACGAGCGGCGGCGCCGCCUCGCUCGCCCAGCACGGCACCGACCGCCACGCCGGGCAGCCCAGCUUCUCUUGGUACGACCCGGGCGCCGUGCAGGGACCUGUCGAGCAGCGUGUUCAGCCUCGUUCGGCGCCGGCCAAGCUCCUUCCCGCGACCGGGCCUGUCGUCUCGAGCAGCACGCAGAGCGGCCGCCGCACGAGCGACCCGUCGACCGACCAAGACGCCAACGCCGCACGCGAGAGCGGCUCGAGCGCCGGCGACUCGGGCAAGGACGGCGAGAUGAACCGCGGCGUCGCCCUGGCCGGGCGCAAGCGCAGCCGCGACGAGGAGCAGCAGCAGCCCGACAUCGUCGUCGACUCGGCGCCGAGCCACCCGCAGCACCACCUGUCGGUCGGCCUCUCGGUGCGCGUCUCGUCGGGCGAGAUGAACGACGCGAGCUCGGCGACGACCGACGACGAGGCCGUCGAGGUGCAGCAGCGCGAGACGCAGCGCCGUCGCACCGAGUCGAACGCGCAGCAGCAGCACGCGCUCGCCGCCGCCCACGGCCGGCAGCCGCACCUCGCGCAGCUGUACGACGACUUCUACCGCCAGCAGCAGCAGCAGCAGCAGCGCGUCCUGUACAACACGCGCGGCUUCCCGCCGCCGCAGCAGAUGGGCUCGUCGAGCGCUUGGGCCCACCCGGCGCAGCCGCAGCCGCCGAUGGCGUCGUACUACGGCCAGCAGGCGUACCAGGGCGCCUACCAGGGCUACCCGACGGGCUACUCGGCCCAGUCGUCGAACCAGUCGGGCGAGGCCAGCUCGGCGUCGUCGUCGUCAUCGACGAGCCCGCACCUCGGCUCGACGCACGCCGGCCAGCCGCGCUUCGGCUACUACCAGUCGGCGCCGCAGCCCUACUACGGUCCGCAGUACGCGCCGGCGACCGCUGCGUCGUACAGCGCCUACUCGCCGUCGACGGCCAUCACGUCGCCGUCGGUCCAGGCGACGCCGGCGCCCUCGGAGCGGCGCGUGAGCGGGCCGCCGAUCCUCCCGGCGUUCGGCGCCGCGCCGUCUCCUCAGCAGCAGCAGCAGCAGCAGCAGCAGCAGCACGGCGAGCAGGAGAAGCAGGCGUUCGGCGCCACGAGCUCGGCGCAGGUCGCCCAGCCGGCGGUCGCCGACGAGAAGCCGUUCAAGCGCGGCGUCAAGGUCAACAACCCGUUCACGAUCCCGACGCUGCAGGGCGUCAAGCCGUUCGUCACCAAGCUGCGCUUUCUCAUGCGCAACGCGGACAAGGUCGGCGACGUCAUCUGCUGGGACGAGUCGGGCAAGGUCAUCCUCGUCCACGCGUCCAACGAGCGCCUCGAGUCCGAGGUCCUCCCUCGCACGUUCGGCCACUCGAACUUCAACAACCUGAAGAACCAGUUCACGAACUACGGCUUCCUCGCGCUCAAGGACCCGGAGCUGUCGCGCGCGCUCAACUCGGCCCGCUCAUCGUCCUCGACGACCGCCGCCGGCGCGUCCACCUCGACCGCCUCGACGAGCGCCACCUCGUCCUCGGCGCCGCACAUGCCGCGCGACGUCCGCGAGUGGAAGGCGUUCGUUCACGUCCACACGGCCGACGACCUCGCCGUCGUGCGCGCCGAGGAGCGCGCGCGCGCCUCCAUCCUUCGCCGGGCCGAGAAGGACAAGGAGGCCGCCAAGCGCGCAAAGGCGGCCGAGAAGAACAAGGACGACAGCCUGAGCGGCAUGGCGGCGGCGGCGGCGGCGGCGACGCAGCAGCAGCAGCAGGGCGAGCUGAGCGGCGACUCGGACGAGGAGGAGGACAGCGAGGACGAGCAGGACGACGACGAGCCGUGGUUCUCGCGCGACGGCAUCGACGACCUGCGCUUGCUCAGGCGCGUCAGGGCCAAGUCGAGCAAGGGCAAGGGCAAGGCCGACACGAGCGGCGCGGCGGCGGGCGGCGGCGGUGGAGGAGGAGCGACGGGCGCGGCGGCGGGCUCGAGCGCGGGCAGCAGCAGCACGGUCCUCGGCUCCAACAUCUCGCAGGCCCAGUCGCACGGGCAGCCGAUCGCGCCGAGGCCAGCCUCGACCGCGCAGCACUCGUCGGCGUCGACCUCGACCUUCCCCCUUCCGCCGGCUCAGUACCCGGCCAUCCCCCUCCGCUCGUCCGCCAAGGCCUCGUCGACCCACCUCUCGACGACGCCGACGGUCCCGCCGCCGCAGGUCGAGCAGCCGCAGACGUCGACGCCGGCGCAGAGCGAGGCGCGCGGCGCCGAGUCGGCCCACCGGGUCAACACCGGCGCGCUCCUCGGCAUGAGGCGCGGCGCGGUCGGAGGAGCGGGUCAGGGUCAGUGA